ACUGCAACUAGCGAUCCAUGGCGAGAGAGUAUUCACUUGCUGACGCCCCCAUCACAUGCUCUUUGUACAAGUCUCGGUACGAGUAUUACCGCUCUUAUUCGGCUGCUCCCAGAUGUCGCAAAUUCUUUCCAUCCCCUCAGAGACCCAGACUUCAUGGCUUCCAAGACAUCACAUUUCUGUGGAGCGGUUAAAAGCUCCGACAACGGCGGGGUCCGUCUUGUCGCGUCUGUUGCCCGAGGUUGUUCAAGAGCUACUCGGUAGUACAAAUGAUGAAAGCACGCAGGAUGACGCUAACGCACAGCUCUUUGAACAAACCCAUUCAAGACCCUGCUUCACAAGCCACGAUAUGAUGACGCUAUACUCAUACCCAGGUGUUGCCGUUGUCACGGGUGCUGCUGGCACUGGUAUUGGUGCUGCCACGGCCCGCGCAUUUGCAGAAGCUGGAUGCAAAAGAAUUGCCAUUACUGAUCGCAAUGCUGACUUGCUAGAGAGGACGAAAGAUUCUAUCGCCUCAAAAUGGCCUGACGUUGAGGUCUGGUCGGAAGCCGGUGACAUUUCUGUGGAAGAGUUCGUCGACAACUUUAUGAAAAAUGUGGUCGACAAGUUCGGCUCGAUCGACUAUGCUGUCAAUUGUGCUGGUGUCCUCGGCCAAGCUCUGAGGUCGCAUGAAAUGGACACUGCUGAAUUCGAUCGGAUCAACGGCAUCAACUACCGUGGCUGUUGGCUUUCAUCCCGUGCUGAAUUAAAGCAAAUGGUCAAGCAAGAUCUUCCUGUCAGUGAUGACAGCGGCAGACCGCCGCAACGAGGUGCCAUUGUCAAUAUAGCAAGCCAGCUAGGGAUUGUCGGCAGAGCAGCUGCUGCUCAUUAUUGCGGAUCCAAGGCCGCGGUCAUCUCGAUGACUCGAUGCGAUGCAAUCGAUUAUUCGCGAGACCAUAUCAGAAUCAACUGUGUUUGUCCAGGCGUCAUUGAGACGCCCAUGACCGCAUCUGACCAAGCCACCAUCGAUCGAUUACAACCAGCAAUCAACAUUGCCCCAAUGGGACGAAUGGGCAAGCCAGAGGAAAUUGCAGAUGCAGCAUUGUUUCUCUGCUCAAACCGAGCCAGCUUCAUUCAGGGGCAUGCAUUGGUGGUAGACGGUGGCUAUAUCAUCAAUUGACGCAAGGGAGUUGCAAUCAACGUGUCGCAUGCUUCGCGAGGAAUAUGGAAUGGACGCCAGGCAAAUAUGGAGAAGCCUCAUGAUGAGAUUGCCUGAAGUUCCCGGUAGUGGCAAGAUUAAGGCGUCCAUAGAGACAAUAAAGCACCUAUACUUUCUCCAGCAGCUGCAUUUCAAUUCCACCUUUGAUAUGUCAGCUGGAUGAUUGUGUAGCUGGGGCAAAGCCUCGUCAACCAUGCUGACAUGGAAUCCGUCAACCGCUAGCCCGUGACCUACCCAGGGGCUAUCAGGCUGUGAUCGAGGUGGGAGCCUCAUUUCGCAUGGAUUGUCACAAGCGACGAUAUAUUAGUGAUCCCACUGUCAGGUGGACGGCGCAAUGAUGACCCAAAUUGCGAUCAGCUAAUCGCGGUUCAGG